GUCGCCGUCAGUCCGGGAGCGCGCCUCGAUGUGGGUGCACGCGUCUCCUCCCCCGUUGCGAACGACUCGCGAGUGUGUAUAACGAACGAAACAAAUAAGUCCCAACUGUGUGUGAACAUGAAGUGUUUAGUGUUGGUUCUGGUGGUGGCGUGUGUGGGAGCCGACGCCGCGGCCACCUGCAGCUUCUCCCAGGACUUCUUCCUGAGGCACAACGUCUCAGCUGACGAGAGCAGUGAACCAGGUCCACUAUGCGGCGGCCAGUGCUGCGGGCGAGGGCAGGAGAUCCACCUACGAAACUCGCUGAGGAGAGUGGCGGAGCGGCGGCUGGCCGCUACCACGAAGCCCAUCAAAGAACUUCUGCUGUCUACGAGGCGGACGUUGCAGGAACACCUCAUAGAGUUGUCCCGGCAGUCGCAGAACAAGACAGCUGGCUUCUUUCAGCAGCUGUACAGGCGGCACGCGACGCGUGCGCAUACGCCGCUCGGCGUCCUCUACGAUGACAUCCGAGCGCUGCUCGCUUCGGGUCCCGAGCGCGACUCGGAAAAUCUCGGCUCUCGGCCCCCGAAGGACCUAGCCGAGAGCUCCAGAAAGUUCUUUCGGGAGGUCUUCCCAGUGGCCUACCAGAGCGUACUAAAGCUAGAAUCGAAGAGGUUCACGCCUGAGUACGACGAGUGCUUGAAGGCGGCGUAUGACGCUGUCCUGCCUUUUGGGGAUAUUCCGGAGCAGAUGGGCUCCUCACUCUCCAGGUCGCUAGAAGCAGCCAGAGUGUUACUACAAGUGUUAGCAGCGGGCGCUGGAGCGCUGGAGUCCAGCGAGCUCGUCUUGUCGCAGACGAACGACGAGUGCUUUAACAAGCUGCUGCGGGUCGCUGGAUGUGCGCGCUGCAAGGGCCACUAUGCGCGGCCGUGCAAGAACUUCUGCCUCAAUGUUGCUAGAGGGUGCAUAGGGUCGCCAGUGGCAGAGCUGGACGCGCCGUGGGCGGGCUACGUGGAGGGCCUGGAGCGACUGUCGCGGCCCGACGCCGACGUCGCGCUGCGUGAAAUGGAGACCCAGCUGUCUAAAGCCAUCAUGUACGCGCUGGAGAACCAGAGCAUACUGGAGAGCAAGGUACGCCAAGAAUGCGGUACGCCCUCGACCUUCGAACUCCCCGCGUCCAGCAGUCCCCACCUGCCCCCAACCCGUCGGGAGGCCCUGAGGGCGCCUCCUCCGUACACCGAACUGCUGCAGUUCGCAGCCUCAUUGGCCAGGAACAAGAAACUCUUUGCACGACUGGCUGACAGGCUGUGCGAUGAGCCAGACUUCCAGUUUGAAGGCAACGACCAGUGCUGGAACGGGGAGACGAUUGGAGAGUAUACGAAACCCUUAGUGGCAUCCGCAUCGCUAAGCGACCAAAAAUACAAUCCCGAGAUGAGUGGGACGCCUGAAGACUCCAAAGUUGCCGCCUUGGGAGAGCGACUGAGGCAGGCACGACAGCUGCUCGUCACCCACUCGAAGACGGCUGGAAUCCCGGCGGCGGAGGCGUUCAUGCAAGGAGACGAAGCUGGUUUGGAGGGCUCCGGCUCCGGCCGCUAUGGCGACAACGACGACACAUACGAUGAUGAGGGAUCUGGCGAGGAGGGAUCGGGGAUCGAAGGGGAUGGCGUCAGAACAAUGGUCGGCGAAGAAAACACGCAUUCCUCGACGCCGAAGACAUCAUCAGCUAUAGCGACGCAGCCCCUGAUCCCCAUAGUAAUCGGUGCAGCCUUACUGAGCGUCCGCCAGCGCUUGACCUAAGCUCACCCCGCGAGACGUAAGAAUCCCCCAUAUCAGUGCGCGUGAAGUGACGAAGUGAUUGUGCGAGUGCGAAGUGCGAACUGCUGAAACGUUAGUAGUAACUUAGUCUGAUAACUUAAAAGACAAGUGAUCCGUUGAAUUUUUAGCUUGACGCUGUUCGAGUGAGUAGAAGCUCGGAGCACAAUUACAGUAGCUAGUCUCAACCGUCAAAGUUGCCGAAAGUUUAUGCUUGUGAAACUGCGCGGUGCAACCUCUGAAUCUCAAAUUCACGACGGCAACCGUUUUGACGUUUAAAUGUACAGUGCAUAUCGUGUUGUCUUCAUUUUGUAAAUAUUUUUGGUAUUCUAUUUAGAUUAGCAAAGAAUAUACAUUGUAACGGAAGCUUUACAAUACUUCUGCAUUUAUGAAAUUGUGGUGAACACUAAAUUGAUUGUCAUAAUAAUAGAUAUUAUAUCAUUUGAAGAUACUUUAAAUGUUGUUAAUACCUAAUAGCUGAUUGGCAAUAAUUUAUAGUUAGAAAGUGUAACGAUAUACGACAGUGAUACCGUGUUGUAAGGGCGUGUACAGCGUGUAAAUACCGCGUCUACCUUCUGGUUUAGGUGCUUAGCUAGUAAAUGUAUUUUGUUGCCAUAUUAAUAUUACGGAUGUCAUUAUUUAUAAUAAUAUUAAAUAAGUCAUAAUUUAAUCUCUUAUUAUGUUAUGUGAUACAGAAAUUGUAAUUUAAAGUGCACGAGUUGCACUGCAUUAUUUAUUCCACCGCUGGUACUCGGCGAUCGCAAUAAUAUUACAAUAGAUACUGUAAUCAUUUAUAAUGUUUAUAAUUAACUGCCUACUCAAGGCCUAUUUAUUGCUUACUUAAGUAUCGAAUGUCUAAAGUCAGGUCCCUCUGUCGAUUGCAAAAUCACAUCGAUGGAGUUGUUGUUAAUAUUAAAUAGCUUUAAUCGAUUUUGUGAGGGAUUGUUAUCUAUCUGCUUUAUUAAAGGUUCUAAAAGGCCAUGAAACACAAAAACAUCAUAUUCUGCGCUAUAAAUUAACUUAUCUUUAAAAUAAGCGCAUAUAAACCACUUCUAGAACAGUAAAAAAAAGUCUGUAGAUUUUCUCCUAAAUUUUACGCGUGAACAUCACGCGUUUACAAAUAAAUUGUAAAUUGCUUUGGAUCUUAGCAAAUCAGUGUAAUAAAUAUAAUUCAAGGCCGCCAUGUGAUGACGCGCCGAGGAAGUUUUGUAAAUGUAUUUUAGAAUAAAAUAGAAUUGAAAUUAAUGAAUGUGUGAGGACCAGGAAAGGCAUCGGAACGUUUUCAUAUUAAUUACAAAUAAUCUGAUAUGGCACACAAUUAUAGAUUUUAUUUUAAAGCUAGUAAAAAAAAUGCGAAAGGACCUAAGAAAUUAUACCGGUUUUUUUGGAACGUUAUAUAAUUUGAUGUUUAGUUGUUGUAUUACAAUACUUGAGAAAAGUAUUGGCGUAGCUGUGCCUAAAUUCAAGUUAUUGUGUAAUUAAUAUGGAUUAUGUUCCGUGAAAAUUGUAAAUAUUGUUGGAGAGAUGAGAGCGUGUUUGAAAUGGAGACAAUUGCUGUUAUA